UUUAAAUUUGCAGUCUUUCUACAUGCCCGAUUGCUAUCCUUUUCGUACUCGUUCGAUUUUCUUUUUUCCGAAAUCCACCGAAGCCCGUCUCUGUAUCCAGAAAAUCUAGACUGUAGAUAAAGCGAAUUCUCGAUCGAAAUCCGCCCAAUAUCUGGAAUUUUCUCGCAAUUGGGUGCCGGAAUUUCGAAUCUUUCGUAUCCGAUGGAUAGCUCGAGUGAUGCCGAAGGGGAUUGCGAUGGUAGAAACGAAGGGGGUUCUCCUUCGAAUUACAGAUUGUUGGGUCGGCAAGUUACGGUUCAUCAGUUCAUGGGCGGUGGCAAAGCUGCUGACUUGCUCUUAUGGAGGAGACGCCAUCAUUCUCUGGGUGUUAUCAUCGUAUCGACAGUAGCAUGGUUUAUAUUUGAGCUUUCCAGAUUGCCGUUCUUAUCCGUUUGGUCUGAUGUCUUACUGAUUUUGGUCAUAGUAUCGUUUAUUCAUUCCCGGGUUGCUGCUUUUAGGAAUAAACAGCCAAAGUCAUUACCAGAGCUUGUUCUAUCAGAGGAGAUGGUUAACAGUUCCGCUGCAUCAUUUCGUGCCAAACUUAAUAACUUUCUUCUCCUGGCUCACGAUAUUACAGUUGGCAAUGAUUUCAAACUCUUCUUCAAGGUGGUGAUUUGUCUGUGGCUUCUUUCGUCCGUUGGUAGCUAUGUAUCUUUCUUCACGCUUGUCUAUAUCGCAGGAACCAUCUUAUCUGUAACCGUACCCGCUCUGUACAGCAAAUUCAAGAACCACAUCGACAAAUGCUGCGGGAUGAUCCACCGGCAAUUCUCUCAUCACUACAAACUAGUGGACGAAAGUGUCAUCCGCAGGCUUCCGUGGACGCUGUCGGAGGAGAAAGAGUCAUAAGCAGUAAAAUGUCAGUAGCUUUUCUGACAGUGAAGCCGCCCAUCUUCUCGUGGGUUCGAUUUGUUCAUGCUGUUGUAUUGCUCAUGCAUAACCAUGUACUAGACAGGAACAUGUGAUGGAUAUAAAAAUUAAUCCAUCGUUUCUUUUUCA